CGAUGAUGAAAUUUUACUCCGAGGCAACGUAACGUGUGAACGGGAGCUCCGCCGCUAGUCGUUGCUAGGUUUUAUCCAAAUAAUCACCGGAUGGUGCGACGAUGACGGGCUGUCGUUUGAUAUUUGCUACGACAUCUACGACAUAACUGUGAACUGAGUGCGGGGGAAACCGCAAUCGAGUUGGCAAUUAGGUACAGUCAGUGCUGGCGAUCGGUAGUGCCCUAGUGAGUACCCAGCUGGGUGGCACAAUGCAUUUUCGAAGUUAACGUUGCUCCUGGUUAGUCCUGUAGACAUCGAAAGUAGGUCGAAGUGUCGGUUAGUGAGUGAGCCGCAAGCGCUCGUUGCAAUCCGAGUGUUGAAUCUAUCUUAGACCAAACGCGUACGGAAAUGAAGAAUCCAGCCAUGCAGCAGAACAAGGAGGCAACGAAAGGGGAGGAAAAGGAGCACUGUGGUCCGGCAGACUUUGAAACGGCCAUCGCAGCCACCGGCUACGGGAAGUUUAAUUAUUUAUUGCUGCUGGUAGCGAUGCCCUGCUGCAUCGGAACCGUUUUCGAAACAACCACCAUGUCCUAUGUGCUGCCCAGUGCCGAGUGUGACCUCAACCUAUCGCUGGUGGAUAAAGGGAUCCUGAAUGCCGUAUGCUAUGCAGGAAUGAUCUCGUCAGCCUUUUUGUGGGGUUUCCUCUCGGACAUGUACGGCCGGAAGCGUCUACUGGUGUACGGCUUCCUGCUGGAUGCCACCUUUAACGUGCUUUGUGCAGCCAGCCAGAAUGUAGUGGCAAUUAUGAUCUUCAAAUUCAUGGGCGGCUUUAUAGUCUGCGGACCGUUCGCUGUGUUGAUGGCUUACCUGUCGGAGUUCCACAGCCUGCGGCACCGGUCCCGGGUCAUGAUGCUGAUCGGUAUUUUCUACAGCAUCGCAAACGUGUUGCUGCCAUCGCUCGCCUGGGUCAUUAUUCCUCAGGAGUGGGAUUUUCAACUAAUCGGAGGCAGUUUCGCGAUUCACUCGUGGCAGAUCUUUCUGGCCGUUUGCUGCAUCCCGAGUCUACUGAGCGGAACCAGUGUCAUAUUUCUUCCGGAAAGUCCCAAGUUUCUGAUGUCGAAAGGACGCAAUCAGCAAGCGUUGGCCGUCUUUCGGACCCUCUACCGGCACAACACUGGACGCGAGCCCCAGCACUAUCCGAUAAAAGAGCUAGUCGAUGAAACGUUAGUCGGAUCGGAAAGAACGGACGGGAAAGAAACUCAGGAAAACGGCGCUGCCAGUGAAAAGCGAUCCGGGCUUCAGAAUGGCGUGCAGCAAAUUAUGGUCAUGUUUCGGAAGCCACAUCUUCGGAACUCGCUGCUGGCCUAUAGUAUUCAGUUUGGCAUCCUGUUCGGCCUCAACACCUUCCGCCUGUGGGUGCCGCAGCUGUUCACCAUCAUCGAUGAAUACGAGCAGGAUCCGGAUCCGAACUUUUCGCCGGGAGCCACCUUGUGCGACAUGCUGGCCUACAAAGUCAACAAAUCCAACACCAUACAUGGUCUACAAGCCGCGUCGACUGAUGCUUCUUCGGUGGUGUUGCACCGGAUGGAUUUCGAUGCCCUGAACAUGAACGAUGUCGUCCUGUGCGAAGCGACAACGGAGGGCAGUAUGUACUUGAAAUCAUUAAUCAUUGGCAUGGUGGGCGUAUUGGCCUAUUUGAUCACAACGGUGCUGAUAAAUUGUAUUGGCAAUCGGAACAUUCUAGUGUACGGUUUACUGGUUUCCGGAGUUUGCGGUUUGUCCAUGUACUGGGCUAAAACCUCACUAACUAUACUGGCACUGUCGACCACGUACAUCACAAUCUCCAGCAUCGCGUCCACCGCCUUGGUUGGGUCCGUUGUGGCCAUGUUUCCUACAUCGAUGCGCACAAUGGUCGUCUCCCUCACGAUGAUGUUCGGACGGUCCGGAUCGAUAAUCGGAAAUUUACUGUUUCCCUAUCUGAUGUCGCUGGGCUGCUGGCCACCGUUCCUGAUGAUCGGAUCCAUUCAGAUUGUCGUGAGUCUGAUUGCCACUACCAUUCCUCGGACAGUGAAAAAACCGUUGCAGUAACUAGGAACCUUGGAUAGUUUGAUGACUAUUGGAUGUGUAUCUAAAAAUAAAAGCUUAGUUCCUCAAUAAAAAUGGAGCAGGAACGAAGGAACGACGGAACUGAUUAGUGUAGUGAUCAUAUUCGCAAUAAAAGAUGAACUUCGCAGCUGUUACAAGCGUUUCUGAAU